CGCAGAUACGCACACACACAGGCACAGACACACAAAUACCAGUGGAGCAGGAUGAUAUGAAGACGUCCAGUACUAAGUUUGUAUCCUUUAGAGAGGUUAAUUAAAUACACCACCUUUUGCAACCAUCGAACCGGAACCAGACAGAUCUAUGGCGCCUACAGAAAAACGGAUCAAUAGAUCAGAUGGGUUCUAAGUCACACGCCAGUGGGUGGGACCGUUUGACCCAGUCAGGUGACCGGGGACUGACACGUGACCGGGCCAGCAGGGGGGUGGCCAGAGGCCAUUCGGCUGACGUGGCCAACCGUCAAUCGCUGGCCAACAACCCACAACUGACAAGUAAAAGCCAUGUCAACCGGAGGCUAGCAGUUCCUGGGAUCAACAGGUCAAAGUUCAACAGGAAGCUGAAGACAGAGGAGCCGCCAGAGCCGCUGGAGUACGAGUGGCCCGACCUGCCCCCCCUCCCCGCCAUGAAGGACGCCCUCUGCAGGCAGAAAGCCAGCCGGGGAAUCCCCUAUCAGCUGCCCGUGGACGAGAGCUGCAUCGAGCGCAAGUUCCAGACUGACCUCAGGGCAGUGUUUCAGGCACCAAGCAGACUGGUCGAGCCGGUGCGCCUGGGUGCCGAGUCUGAGAGAGCACGGCGCAUGUUUCUGCACUCGGCGCCCUCCUACGAUGCCCGACACCGAGGUAUCGGCCAUGGUCUCAGCUCUAGGAGGUCGCUCCAUCGCGCCAGGGUGCCGUAUGUGACGUCAUGUGUCGCGACUUCUAAUCUGAGCAUCGACGAGAGGACUUAUGACGUCACGAAUCUAUCGACCAACAUAAAUGACAGGGAUAUGUCAAGUGGUCAUCAUGACAUCAAAGCGAUGGAUGAUGGAACCAAGAAAUGCAGGGCCAACCUGAAGGGUCAGGCAUCACCACCUGCUGACGUCACAGGCGACUUCUACAGGCAGGUGCCACCAGACGUACAGCUUCACGCACAGCCAGGGGCGACCGUUCUAUCAGCAGACGACAAGGUGUGGAGGUGGUUGAACAGCGAUGACGUCACCAGUCCCUUUGAUUAUUUUAUUUCAGUUUGGGGUUGACCUUGAUGUCAAAUGUCUAGGUCAUGUCCCCUCCCCUCCUCUGAUGAAAUAUUACAAGAAUAUAAA